AUGAGGGCAGCUGCACGCCUCUUCGCCAGCGUUAAGCCCGGCCAAUUCCUUGAGCCCGGCGCGCCAACUGGUCUCACAGGCCUCCUCACACACCCCUCGCCGCGGUCAACACUGCUCUACCACUACAGCUCGACCCUCGACAAGCUCCAGCAGAUACCCGAGUCAUCCGUCUAUCGCCAGUCCGUCGAAGCCCUCACCAAGCACCGUCUGCAGAUCGUCGAGCAGUCGACGCCAAAAGGAUGGGAUCAGUGGCAGGAAAAGAUCAAGCUGCAGGUUGGCGACGAUAUCGGGGCGUAUGAUAUCAUCGAAACGUCUAGAGGCCAGACGGUCGUGUUGCCCAGUCAGCAGGAAGUCGACGCCAGGUCCAAGGCGGCUGAGUGGGACGGAGAGACUCCCCAGUCGUUUCCGGAGGGCAUCCGAUCCUCCAAGGAGCGAUCACCCCAUGUGCAAAAGAUGAAGGGCGACGCCAAGUACACCCCAGAGAGGGCCUUUUCCUCGAUCAAGUUCGACCCAGAGCCGCAGUACACUGCUGAAGCGAUAUCGGAUCUGGAGAGCAGACUCGGGGCUGGCCUUGUUGAAGAGGUGAUUGCAGUCGCUGAGGGCGAGCACGCGCUCGUGGACACUAUGGUCAAAAGCAAGGUGUGGGAGCCGCUUGAGGAGCCCGCGCCGGAGGGUCAGUGGUCGUAUUUCGAGCGAGGCACACAACAGGGCUCUCAGAAGCCUUAG